CUCUCUCUCUCUGCAAAUGCUGGGAAUAAUUUAAUUCACGAAAUGGGAGACCUGAAGUCGGGUUUUGAAGAGGUGGAUGGCGUGAGGCUCGGCUACCUCAUCAUUAAAGGAAAGCAAAUGUUUGCACUCUCCCAGGUUUUUACAGACCUGCUCAAAAACAUCCCGAGAACUACCGUGCACAAGCGAAUGGAUCAUUUAAAAGUCAAAAAGCAUCACUGCGACCUGGAGGAGUUGAGGAAACUCAAAGCCAUCAACUCCAUCGCCUUCCACGCCGCCAAAUGCACCCUGAUCUCCAGAGAGGACGUGGAAGCCCUGUACACAUCCUGCAAAACCGAGCGGGUCCUUAAGACGAAACGGAGGAAAAUCGGCCGGGCUCUGGCCUCCAGCGACCUCCGGCCGGAGCCCGCUGCCGCCGACCCCUUCUGCGGCUUCUGGAAGGAGAACAAACUUUGGCUGGGGCUCGGCGACCCCCCCCGGCCCCUGCUGCCGCUCCGGAGGAAAGCCUUGCGGCCGGGGGCCUCCGCCUCGCUGCCGGCGUCUCACCUACCUCACAUUUUUAGUAAAUACACUGGCCACAGCCACCCAGACCUCGCCCGGGCGCCUCGCAAACCCCCCGCUCACUAUGAAACGGCGCCGGCGGCGGGCGGCUGCGCGCCCCUCCGCGCCCGCCCCCCUCCCUCCGCCGCCGCCUUCUGCAACCCGCCCGGUCUGGUCGACGCCAACUUCUUGUACCCUCUGGCCGCCGCCGCCCCCCGGCCCCCGGCCCCGGCCCCGGCCCCAGCCCCGGCCCCGGCGGAGCCCGGCGGGCCGCCCGCCCUCCGCGCCGCUCCCGGCGGAGCCGAGCCCGAGCCGCCGGAGGAGUGGGGCCGCCCCGGCUGGGCUCCCGCCGGCCCGGCGCUGCUGUGCUGCUCCGGCGGCCUGGGGAGCUGCUUCGCGGAGAUAAGAGCUGAUAGGGUAUCUGAGCUCACAUUCCCACACUCUGAAUUUUCCAAUAAUGCCAAGAGUACUGACCUAACAAUUAACUGUGUUGCAAAGGGGGCCUCUUCACCUAGCCCAAAGACAAACAAUGCAUUUCCACAACAAAGAAUACUCAGAGAGGCAAGGAAAUGCCUUCAAGCAACUACUACACACUGUGCAGAUAACAAUACAAUAGCUGCUAGGUUCUUAAAUAAUGAUUCUUCAUCAGCGGCUGCAAAUUCAGAGAAAGAUUCCAAAAUCCCUCAUUGUAUUGAAUUUGCCACGGAUUUGCCCUCUUUACAAACUGAUCCUGAGGAGGAUGCUGCUUCUCCAGGGGCAGCAGCAGCUGAGCUCCAGUGCACUGAUACAGGCAAUAAGGCAUUGCCAUUCCUGCACAGCAUUCAAAUCAAAAUAGAGGACAGCAGUGCGAACGACGAGUAUGAGCCUGACCUUACAACACAUAAGCUAAAGUGUGAGUGCAAUGAUACUAAGGAUGAGUUUUACGGUGUGACUGAGAGUAAUAACCAGGACGCUUUAUUAACAGCCAAGGAAGAUUCUGCAUGCACUGAGAAAGAAACCACUUCCUUAAACCCGCUGACUCAGAGUCAGGUCCUCUCAUGCACUUUAGGUACUCCAAAACCUGAGGAUGGGGAGUAUAAAUUUGGAGCGAGGGUGAGAAAAAAUUACAGGACACUGGUUUUGGGAAAGCGACCUGUACUGCAGACUCCUCCAGUCAAACCAAAUUUGAAAUCAGCUCGAAGCCCACGUCCUACAGGUAAAAUUGAGACACAUGAAGGAACACUGGAUGAUUUUACAGUUAACAAUAGACGCAAAAGGGUAGCCAGCAAUGUAGCAUCAGCAGUGAAAAGGCCAUUUAAUUUCAUGGCAAAUUUUCCCUGUCCACCAUCACUAAUUAUUGGCAAUGAUGGGGAUUUGUUGCCAGCUUAUUCCUUAAACACCACUAAGGAUUCCCAACCACCUCACAAGGCCCAUCCUGUAUGGAAAUGGCAGCUGGGCGGUUCUGCAAUACCUCUUCCACCUAGCCACAAAUUCAGGAAAUUUAAUUAAUAAAAUAGUUUGGAAAAUAUUUUCUUGAACCACCUUUAACUUUCUUACGUUUUUAAACUCUGCAGGAUGGUUUGUACCAGCCCAUUAAUGCUAUACACGCUUUUGGAAUCCUGUUUUAUCACAUUGUGAAGACAGAAACCGGAUUACUAUUUUCUUUACCGUUACAACCGUGGUUUUUGUUUUGUUUUGGGUCUUUUAUUUUUUUAUUUUUAUUUUUUUACUGUUUCAUUUGUUUUUGUUUUUGGUUGGUCGGUUGGUGCUUUUUUUUUUUUUGCCUUUUUUUUUUUUUGGUUACAUUCCACAGAGUACUUCAGGCUAAAGACUCAAGUUAAACUCAGUUAUUAUGGUAGAGCUGGAACACUUUACUGUUUAAAUGCUAAUAAUGCACCAGUACCUCAAUUCAACUGCUGCAAAUAAAUGUCAAAAGGUUGAAUAAUAAAUAUUAGAAUGAGCCAUUAAAUUUAUGCACUAGAUUUCGAAAAUGGAAGUCUAACUGUUAAUUCAGUUAAAGUUUGUUAAGUUACAUGGUUGCACAGUAAGGGUUCACUAUAAUUCAAUGUGGCAGCAGCCUACUUUUCGGGAGCUUUGUUUUCGGGUGUAGGGGUGUCUUUUUCUAAGAGCAGUUGCACUUACUCGUUUUUCUCCGGUUUGCAAAGGCUGGGGUCCGCCUGUGACCCCAGGACUGGGAAAAGCUGCCUCAUCUGAAACCAGUAAAUAAAUGUGGAAUUCUAUUUUUGGUAAAGGGUGUCUUUUUACUUGUACAGCCACUCUUUGCAUUUGGAAAGCCUUUUUUUUGUUUCACCCAGAGGUCUUAAAUAAGGUUACUGUUACCCACUAAUGUCAUACUUAAGUUGUGGUCUGAACAUGCCCCUUACAAACUUGCAAAGCAACUAAAAUAUUUGCCCGGAUAGCAGUACAAUUUAUGGUCCAGCCCCUCACGCUGGCUGGAGGAAAUAGCAAAGCAGUAAAUACAACACAGAAAGUGAAACGAGAGGCCAUAAGUGGCGAGAAUACCCAAAAUGAGAAUACCAUGUUAUUCAGAGCUCUCUGGCACCAAAACUCAGGCAUUUCUACCGUAGCACACUGCCCGGUUUUAUCCUCAUCUCUUGCGAUUUGAUUGUUGUUGUUUUUUGUUUCCAUACCAUCCUCUCUAUGUAGCAGAAACGUUUCUACUGCACGUGACAAUCAGAGGCAAUUAUCUAUAUUUGCACUUAAUAUCGAAAUAGUCGAACAGGCAGACUUCUAGAGUCUAGCCCUCGGUGAGACAUGCUGGUAUAAUAUAUUGUGAUGAUGGAAGCAGUAAAUCAAAAUUAUGGAAAUUUGCACUGUUGAAAAGCAUGCUUUAGCUUUAUUUUCAAUUAAAAACACUGUUUAAAAAUUCCUGAUUCCAUACACUUUGAAUUAUUGCAGAGUUACCCACGGUUUCCUCUCCGUUUGUAAGUUCACUGGUUUUAUUUGGAGGAAAUACGCUUCAAGAGGUUAACUGUUUCCCUCCCUCCCCCCCCCCCCCCCCCAAAAAAAAGCAAAAAAAAAAAAAAAUAAAAAAAAAAAAAAAAAAAAAAGGCUGCAGGCCCGAGAGUCGAGGCAGGGCUGCUCGGGGGAAGGUCUCUGUCUCGGGGGGAGGACGGGCACAGCAACUCUGAAAACAAUCUGAAAAGUUUGCAGCUUGAGAAAGGCAGUUCUAAUUGAGUUGCUGAAUCAGCAGAGUUUAGGAUGAAUAAUUGCUGGUUUCUUUCUUUGGAUUAGCAUUUUAUUUAUACUAGAUCAUCCCCAAAUUAAAUUUUAAGGAUUCCACUCAUCGAUCAAUCCCGGGAGAAUAAUUUAUCGUAAAUCAAAAA